AUGUUAAGCGGUGAAAUUCCUAAAGAACUAGCCCAACUUACCAGGCUUAAAGAGAUUUCUGUUGCUAACAAUGAUGGACUUUGUGGAGGGCCGGUCUUGAGACCCUGCUCCUUGACACAUGACAAGCACGGAGAUUUUCAUCAAUCAUUUAAGGAUGGUCUUAUUGUUGGUUAUGUUUUUUCAAUCAUUUUUUCUGUUAUGAUCAGUUGUAUGUUCUACUCCAAAUGUGCACAUUGGCUGCAUCAAUUGAAGAAAAAGAAAAACAAUCACAUAAACAAAGUUGUAGAAUUGGGAAAAUAUAUUUGCUCCAUCACCAACAUGAGGAAGCAGAUGGUAGUUAAUCAGAUACGUGAAUUGUUACAAAUGCGGUGGGCACACAAAGAAAGCAAAGAGAUUGAUGUACUAUGUAAAAGAUUGACCUCGACAAUAUGGCUGGAAGAACUACAUGAUGCAACCGAUUGUUUCUCCGUGGACAAUACCAUUGGAGUAGGAAAGAUGGGAAUGAUGUACGAAGGAUUUAUGCCUAAUGGAAAGGAAAGGCUUUUAACAUAUGAAUACAUGUCAAAUGGAAGGCUUUCCAAAUGGUUGCAUCCUUUGGAAAGUGAAAUCUUAAGAUUGAAAUGGCACGACAGAGUCAACAUUGCACUUGGAAUUGCUAGAGGAUUAUCAUGGCUACAUCAUACAUGGAAAACUUUUGAUGAAUUGUCUCAUUCAUAUGACACUACUAAUAUAUGUAGUAACCCUUUGAGUUUUUAUAAUAUAAUUGAUAAAUCUUUGACUGGUGAAGGAUUUGACAAUGAAGUUUGUACUCUUCUAAAUAUUGCUUGUGAGUGUGUCAAACCUUUACCGGACCAGAGACCAACAAUGUUUGAAGUUUACAAAAGUAUAAGUAAAGUAAGGAAUGGACGAAAUGGAUAUGGCGAUGAUUGUGACACAUUAAAGGGAUUAGAAUGUACUUCUAUUACUAUGGAUGAAAUUAUUGAGGUUUAG